UUUCACUUUGAUAUGGAGUCUGAAAAUGACAUACAUUCCAAAGUGGUAGACAUUUUAAAUAUCAGCCAGCAAAGUAGUGCAAAGCACCCUCUUUGCAUAGAAAAACUGUCAGAACUUUGUAGGCUUCAAGGUGGUCAGAAGGUCUUGUUAGAACACUUCAUUCCUCUUAUUCGACAUGUAUUAGUUGUUUACAAGAGAGAACAAAGUGUGGAAAGGGCUAUAUCUUUUAUUGUAGAUUUUGCGGUAUCUAGUGAUCAGGUGAUUCACGGAGAAAAAUUUUAUAGUAUAUUAAUUCGGUUUUUGCUACCUUUUACUCGAUGCGUCGGUAAACUGAAAAGCGAAAUAAUUGCACGUUCUCUUCGUUUUCGUUCGACUCAAAUCAUAGCAUCGGUGUUGAAUUCCCUCAGUGAUGAAUCAGAGCUAAGUGAUGAAUUAUGGCUUUCAAUUCAAAAGCAUUUAGUGGAACGCCUUCAGGACAAGGUAUCUCUUAUUCGAGUUCAGUCUUCCAUUGGUUUAACGCGCCUUCAAGAUUCCAGAAACAAAAACGAUCCCGUUACCAGAAUUUAUUUGCACCUUUUAAAUUCCGAUUCUAGCAAAGAAGUUAGAAAAGCUGCGCUUUUAAACGUUGUUAUCAACCGUUUAAACCUUGAGCAAAUUAUCACCAGAUGUCGGGAUGUGUCUCCUGAGGUAAGAAAAUGCACUUUUGAACUUUUGAGAGAUAGAAUUUCCAUAAAACAAAUCAGCCAUUCGCAUUGCAUAACUCUCUUGGAGAACGGCCUUUACGACCUUGAUGCAUCUGUUAGAGACGCAUGUAUCGAUCUCUGCUUGACCUGGCUUCGACAGCUGGACUUUGAUCUACCUAGAUUUUUGUCAUUUUUUGACGUUGAACAUAACGAAAAAUUGGUCGACAAAUUGCUCUGUAAACUUUUUCCAAGUAUACCAGUACCUGAGAGUUGCAUCAAUUGGAAAAGUUCGCCACUCACCCAUGAAUUUGCAAUAUUAUGGCGCAACUAUUGCCAAUACUUGAAGACAAAAAGAGAGCUUGAAUUGUUAGAACGAAUUUUACCUGAUAGCCUGGAUUUUAUUGACCUGAUCGAGAGCACGGAGGGAAGUUCGUUUUUUCUGCGUCAAAUCCUCAUGAUUGGAGGUUUAAUAGAUCACGUAGAUGAGUAUGAGCGAGAGACAGUUCAGAGUCGUCUGAAGGAUUUGCUUAUUUUUCCAGAAGUUGAGGAAUCGUUGGUUGAACUGAUUACUACUACACUGAAGAUAUUUUCAAAAAAUCAACACGAUUUUAUAGAUAGCUUGCACAAGUUAAUUUUAAGUAUUCGAGAACAAGCAAACGAAUCUGAAUUGCCGACAUCAUCAAUUGAUACGCUAAUUGAAUUAGAUUCGGACACAAAGGCUAUUAGAGAUCAGCUUGCCGCAUUAAAUGGCAUUAAGGCUUUAGACUUGAAUCCUACCGCCCUUUCUUUAGCGGAAUCAAAAGAAGAACAAUUAGAGGCCGAAUUGGAAGACGUUGUGGUCAAGGUAUCAAAGCGAGAAAAUAUCAGAAUAUGGUCGAUUAUCCGUUCCCUUGGGAUAUAUCGAGAAAUUUUAUCGCAUGCGACCGUUGAAGUGAUGCAGAAAAGUGAAUUUGCAAGUUUGCUGACUCGUUACGUUUUACCUGCAAUGGAAUGUGAUUCGGUCCAUGCUCGAAGUUUGGCAUUGAAAUGUAUUGGGAUGUAUAUGCGUUAUCUGCCAGAGAAGAACGAGCCGUAUUAUCGGCUAUGCUUACAUGCGGCCGAACAUGAUGAAGGUCCUAUUCAAGAGGUUGCUAUUAAGAUUCUUUUUGACUUGUUGAUUAUAUUUGGAGUCGAGGGACAACAAGAAAACGUGCUGAGAUAUUUACGAAAUCACCUGAAAGCUGCCUCUCCACAUACAACGCUUGCAGUUGAAGGAUUCGUUAAACUAUUUAUUGGUAAACGGCUAAGAGAUACAGAUAUCCUUAUGGACUUGUUGAUUCUACUGUUUGAUCCAAAACACCUUCUAGAUCUCAAAUUACAGCGAAUUCUAAGUUUGUUUUUUCCAGCGUUUUCCUUUGUGUCUUAUUCAAAUCAGCGUCUUAUUCUAGACACAUUUGUCCCGCUUUGCCGGAAAAUCUUUGGUUCUCCUCCUAAUUCUUCCCUUUCCAAGAUUUGUAUUCCUACCUUUCUCCAACUGUACGCAUAUCUUACUAAUGCUGAUCAGCGCAUCUCUGUAUGCAAGAAGCAGGGUCGUCAGUCCUCUGUUCCGGAAGAUGUCCCACACCUUCAUAAUUGUUUGGCUGUUUUAACUUUAUUGGAAAUUUGUGCGUCACCUGCUUCCAAGGAGGUCCAGAGCUUAUGCAAGAUUUUCGAGUAUCUUGUAAUCUGCCCUCAAAAGAAAUGGCUUGCAUGGAUCUUUUCACUUACUCAAAGAGCUAUAUCAGUCAUUUCUAAAAGUUCUCAGAAGAAUCUCCGUAUUUUCUUGAUGCGUAUCCGCCAUAUUGACCAUGCCUGUGCUUCUGUUGUUGUUUCAGACGACAAAAUAGACAUGUUGAUCAUCAAGGCGCAAGAAAAACUAUUAUCCAAUGAUUCAAUGUGGGAGUAUUUGAUGAAUGAAUCUCCCUCUUUUGUAUCGUCUUCCGAAUCUAUUUUAGGCCAAGUCAACAAAUUGGAACGAGUCGAUUUACUUUCCCUUGACAACGAAUGUGCGAGCUCAGAGCCGGCGCUAUUAGAUCACUCGUUAAGCGAUGAUAAAUCGGCCAGCACAUCUUCGGAAGCCAGCAUUUGUGUUCAGGAUAAAUUGGCGCCCCUUCUUGAGAUGCAAAGGUCGGACCUUUGUACCGGUGUUAUUUGUCAAGAUCCCGCUACUUUGCAUCAGACAAAAAUGCGCAAGAAGGCCAACGUUCUGAAGGCAUCUUCUCCUCAUUCUUUGAACACAAACCUGCCUUUUAGUCAUUCUUCACUGGCAAAAGAUAUGUACCAUUCUAAAGACAGUAAGCAAACCGCAUUGUUUUCAAAUGUACUGAAAGAAAAUGCUCAAUUCAAGCAGUCACCUUUGAAAGGAAGAUCACGCCGAGUCGAAGCAAAUUAGGUCUCAAAAACAAUCAUCUUCAAUAUGUUCAGUACACUUCUUGAAUUAUAUGGUUGGUCGGACAUCCCCCCUGUAUAGUAUAUAUUCUCGCUCACUAACACCUAAGAAUAGAGAAAAUUAUUAUUGUCAAGAGACACUUGGUUUUCUCUAUUUGCGAGAUUGUUCUCUGUUGGUUUUUACACACAUGGGACUACCCACUUCUUUGACAAUAAUUAGUUGUACCCCUUCUCUAGAAAAAAAAAUUACAAAAAUACAAUAUUCUAAUAAAGAGCAGUGUUUGUAACAAUUGGAUUGGUCGCUGUCAACCGUCCUUCAAUGA